CACUUAUAUUGCUGAGAUAGUAUACUUGUACAUGGGCGUGCACUCAUCAUAUAGGAACUUGUUAGAUUAUCUCUCUAGAGUGAUUAAAAGAGUUAAAAAGCGUAAUUUCCACUGAUGCAUACUAGAAAUGUUUGAGAAAAGUCACCGGGAAGUUUGAGAACGAUUCCAACGCAAGUGGCUCCCAACAGAUCCACCAUGACCACCUACUUCUCCUACCCCGAUGAGGCCCUGCAGCAGGAGCUGCGCAGGAUUGCCAAUGCCAUCACUGCCAAGGGCAAGGGCAUCUUGGCUGCUGAUGAGUCUGUGUCAACUAUGGGUAAACGUCUUGCAGAUGUUGGAGUAGAAAACACUGAAGAAAACCGCCGCAAGUACCGCCAGCUCCUCUUCACUUCUGACAAGUCUAUUUCUGAAUACAUCUCUGGAGUGAUCCUCUUCCAUGAGACUGUAUACCAGAAGAGUGAUGAUGGCACCCCAUUUGUUAAACUCAUCAAGGAGAAGGGCAUCAUUCCUGGCAUCAAGGUGGACAAAGGUGUGGUGCCGCUGAUGGGGUCUGAGGGCGAGAGCACCACCCAGGGCCUGGAUGAUCUGUCCCAGCGUUGUGCCCAGUACAAGAAGGACGGUUGUGAUUUCGCCAAAUGGCGCUGUGUCCUCAAGAUUGGCAAGAACACUCCCAGCUACCAAGGCAUGUUGGAGAAUGCCAAUGUCUUGGCCCGCUAUGCCUCCAUCUGCCAGAUGAACGGCCUCGUUCCCAUUGUGGAGCCUGAGGUUCUUCCUGAUGGUGAACAUGACCUGGACCGAGCACAGAAGGUUACUGAGACAGUGCUGGCCUUCGUGUACAAGGCACUCAACGACCACCACGUCUUCCUGGAGGGCACUCUGCUCAAGCCCAACAUGGUGACUGCUGGCCAGUCUUGCUCUAAGAAGUACUCUCCUGAUGAGGUUGCCAAGGCUACAGUGGUUGCUCUGUCCCGCACCAUGCCUGCAGCUGUUCCUGGCGUCACCUUCCUGUCUGGUGGCCAGUCUGAGGAAGAAGCCUCAGUGCACUUGGAUGCCAUCAACAAGUGUGUGGUGGCCAAAAAGCCAUGGGCCCUCACCUUCAGCUAUGGUCGUGCUCUUCAGGCCUCUGUACUCAGGGCAUGGGGUGGCAAGGAUGAGAACGUGAAGGCUGGACAAGAGGAACUAAUGAAGCGUGCCAAGGCCAACAGCAAUGCUGCCCAGGGUACCUACGAGUGGGGCUCCUGCAAGGGCUUUGCUGGUGACACUGGACUCUUCAUCAAGGACCAUGCCUACUAAGGUGUUACUCCCAGUGGCUCUGUACCGGUAUAUCUCGAAAGUAUAUUUUCACAUGUAAAGUUAUAUUGAAUUACCUGAUCAUCUAAACAUGUUGUUGCAGUUUUGUGCUAUAUUUUGAUUUGUCAGAAUUUGCUAAAAUUAUUAGUAGGAGUACAAAAAAGAUCUAAGCACAUCAUGAAAAAUAAGGGUAUAAUUUUUUUUCUUUUUGAAAGGUGAAAAUAACAGCAUUAUUUUCUCCUUUCCAUGGUUAUCUGAUCACUUAGCUGCAUUCAGCAUGUGUACUAGCUUCUAAUAUAUUCCUUUAAAAAGGCUCAGAGAUCUUAAUAAAACUUGCAUAACCUGGAACUUUGUGUCCUAAGGCAAUUAAAGAAGAAAUAGGGGUGAAUCUCUGAACCUCUUAGAGCUAGUCAGUCAGUCCCUUGCAAGAAUAUUAUCACAUAAAAACCACAACCAUGUAUUGUUCACCAUAUACCCCAUAGACAUGUGAUGUUAAUUUUGCUGAGGGCAGUGUUAGAGGCAGGCUAAAAGACAAAACACCUGCUGUUUCUUGUUGAUGAAAUGGCAUUAAAUGCGAUAAGAAUGAUGUACAUUUGUAUAUUAAUCUGGAACAUACUAUGUUACAAUUUAAAAUGUUAACUACUUCACCUUAAAAUAGAAAAUUUACAGUAUUUAUUAUCAAAAGUGACUUAUGAAGUAAUCAAAAAAAAAAAGAUUAUGAAAAUGCAUAAUUUCUUACAUCGAGAUACUGAAAGAAUAUUAGUUUUUACUACUUUACAAACACACACAUACAUACAUACAUUUACAUACAUACUUUUUCAUAGUUACAUUUUAUUUUAGACAUGGUCAAAAUCAGUGAAAUAUGUUCUUUCUUCCUUGGUUGACAUGCAGUAUGUAUGAUGAAAGCAUACCAGACUCGUUCAGUAAUAAAUACUGAUAUUUUCUUGUGCUGUUUGAAUUAUUUGUUUUGGAAGACGAGUGAUGUGUAUACUGAUGGACGAGGUUUGUGAAUGUAACAGUUAUAUAAAGUGGUAAGAGGCUUU